AAUCCGGCCCAGCGGACCCGCUAGUUGCUCACCUCACAAAGUCCGCUGGACUGGACUCAUCUUGUUUCCGGGGCCAGCGCGGCCUCGCACACUAUGUAUGCUUGGGCUGCAACCCGAGACCCGCUCUCCCAUCCGGGUUCCUACUCCGCGGCUCUGCGGGAGACGGACAGAUGAGAGCGCUCCGGAGACUGGCUCAGGGCAGGGUCCUGCUCCUGACCAUCUGUGCGGCUGGUAUUGGUGGAACUUUCCAGUUCGGCUACAACCUCUCCAUUAUCAAUGCCCCGACCUUGUACAUUCAGGAAUUCACCAAUGAGACGUGGCGGAUGCGAACCGGCCAGCCGCUGCCCGACCACCUGGUCCUGCUCGUGUGGUCCCUCAUCGUGUCCCUGUAUCCCCUCGGGGGCCUCCUGGGAGCGCUGCUUGCUGGGCCCCUGGCUGUCACGCUGGGAAGGAAGAAGUCCCUGCUGGUGAACAACGUCUUCAUGCUGGCUGCCGCAGCGCUGUUUGGCUUCAGCCGCAGAGCAGGCUCCUUCGAGAUGAUCAUGCUGGGAAGACUGCUCGUGGGCAUCAGUGCAGGUGUAGGCAUGAACGUCCAGCCCAUGUACCUGGGGGAGAGUGCCCCCAAGGAGCUCCGAGGGGCUGUGGCCAUGACCUCCGCCAUCUUCACCGCCCUGGGGCUCGUGAUGGGUCAGGUGGUCGGACUCAGGGAGCUCCUGGGUGGCCCGCAGGCCUGGCCCCUGCUGCUGGCCAGCUGCCUGGUGCCCGGGGUGCUCCAGCUGGCCUCCCUGCCCCUGCUCCCCGAAAGCCCGCGCUACCUGCUCAUUGACUGUGGAGACCCUGCAGCCUGUCGGGCAGCGCUGCAGCGGCUGCGGGGCCCCGCGGAUCUGGCCGGGGAGCUGGCCGAGCUGGAGCAGGAGCGCGCCGUCUGCCGGGGCGGGCGCGCGCGGCGCCCGUGGGAGCUGUUCCGGGAGCGCGCGCUGCGGCGGCAGGUGGCCAGCCUCGUGGUGCUGGGCGGAGCCAUGGAGCUGUGCGGGAACGACGUGCGGCCCUUCUCCGCGCAGAUUUACGCCUACGCGUCGGCCGUGUUCAGCCAGGCAGGGAUCCCGCAGGACAAGAUCCAAUACGCGGCCAUCGGGACCGGGGGCUGCGAGCUGCUGGCGACGCUGCUCAGCUGCCUGGCGAUUGAGAGGGCGGGCCGGCGGGUGCUGCUGACGGGGGGCUACGGCCUGAUGACCUGCUGGGGGAGCGUCUUCACGGUGGCCCUGUGCCUCCAGGGCUCCUUCUCCUGGAUGCCCUACCUGGCCAUGGCCUGCAUCUUCGCCUUCAUCCUCAGCUUUGGCAUCGGCCCUGCCGGAGUGACUGGGAUCCUGGCCACGGAGCUGUUUGACCAGAUGGCCCGGCCUGCUGCCUACAUGGUCUAUGGGGCGCUCAUGUGGACCAUGCUCUUCUUGGUGGGGCUGGUGUUCCCUUUCAUCAUGCCGUGUACUCGGGCAUCUUCCUCCCCGAGACCAGAGGCAAGAGCUUCGUGGAGAUAUCGGAGGAGCUGCACAGACUCAACUUCCCCGGGAGGAGCCGAGGCCCGGCGUGGGCUGGCCCCGAGGUCGUCCGGUCCACGGAGCUGUAGCUCGGCCAGCACGGCGGGGCCGGCCCUGGGCCCUCCCCCUCCUACGGAGCCCUCGGUGUGCAGGCCGGGUGCUCAGCCUCAGAGAGACAGUUUCAGGGGCCUCUCGGCGCCCCGUGUCUGGAGGCUGUCGGCAGGAAACCAGCAAUGACAGACUCAGAGAAACACAGGCGAAGAAAAUACAGCUUGGGAAGCCUUUGAGAGGGGCGUGGCCACGAAAGGAUUUUCUGAGGAGUUGAUUUUUUUUUAAUCAAGUUGUUUGAGGUGUAAUUUACAUACAAUAAAGUGAAUCCACAGUAAGUGUACAUCCGAUGAGUUCACAGGAGUGCGUACCUGCGAACCACGACCACGACCACGACCCAGGGAGACCGCUCACCCAUCCCUCCUGCCUCUUUGUGAUCAGUACCCCCCCCCCCCAACCUCGGACCUGCCUUCUGUCACUGGAGGUUCCUUUUCAGACAGUUUGAUAAAAUUCCACGCCAUGUGUAUGCGUCUGUGUUUGGUCUUGCUCCAGAUAAAGGCUUUGAGAUUCAUGCAUGUUGUUGCGUGCAUUAGUACAUAUCCCUUUGUGUGGCUGAGUAGCAUCUCACUGUAUGGAUGUACCAUAAUUUGGUAACCCAUUUCUCUGUUUGUGGACAUUUGGACUGUUUUUCAUUGUUGGCCACAAUGAAUAAACCUGCUGUGAACAUUCCUGCACAA